UCAUCGCUCCCUAUCCCAACCGCUCCCGCACUCCCCUCUCCCCCUCUCCCUGUCCGCGCGCGCCUCCUGUUGCGCACCUCCCCGCACACCCGCACAUACCUCCCCGCCACCAUGCGCAAACCCUGCCACGUUCUGUUGCCUGCUCCUUCCUUCUUCCCUUGGGAUGCCCCAAUCCCCAGCCCGUCUCGGCGGCCCAUUCCUUCGAUGCCAGCUCCCUGAUUGACCCGCCAGAUCGUCGGACGUCCGACGUCGCCGACACCAACGACGGCCCUUCCAGUGCCAAGCGCCCCUACCAGGAUGAGUCCGCGGAGCCCGCCCGCCGCGGGGCCCACGGCACCAGCACCGGCACCAAGCGCAACACCAGCCACGACGACCACGGGGCCAGUGGCAACGGCUCGUCGGGGGCCGGCAUGACGUCGGCCUCGGCCGGCGGCAUGUCCACCGGCUCGGGUGGUGCCUCGCUGGAUCUCUCCGACCCGGCUGGCGCAUACCAGGCGGCCAACACCAAGCGCCCGCGCCUGCUCGAGGGGACCAGCCACCCCCCCUCGGCGGUGCUGCACGUGCGCAACCUGCCGCAGGAUGUCACCGAGAUCGAAAUCAACGAGAUCAUCCCCUACCCCGAUCGGGUGGUCAAGAUCAUGGUCAUGAAGAACAAGUGCCAGGCACUCAUCCAGUUCUCCGAUGUGUCCAGCGCCACGCGCGUCAUCAGCUACUUCCAGACCAACAAGCCCUAUGUCCGGGGGCGACUUUGCUACUUCCAGUACUCCUCGCGCAAUGACCUGAAUGAGCAGCGCUCGGCCACGUCGACCUCUGCCGGGGGGGCCGGUGGCCACUCCUCGGCCGGCAGUGGUGGCAUGUCCAUGCAGGGCGGCUUCGCCGGGCAGGUUGGCGCCUACGGGGCAGCCGGCGCGGCUGGCGGCUACUACGGCCAGGCAGCCGGCGGCCCGGGGGCCGCUGGCGGGGCCUACGCCGGGUAUUCCGGGGCCGGGGCCGGGGCCGGCUAUCCCGGUGCUGCUGGCAUGCAUGGCCAGGCCGCCGGCGCUGGCGGGUAUCCCGGAGCCGGGGUCGGUGGCCCCGGUGGUGGCAUGGACGCCUCCGGUGCCGGGGUCGUGACCCCGGCGGUGGGCGGCACCCCCGGCGCCCCGGGCCGCGUGCUUCACAUCACCAUCACCAAUUGCAAGUACCCCAUCUUCCUGGACACCAUCAUCCGGGUGUUCUCCUACCAUGGGGAGCUUCGCCGGGCCAUUUUGGUCGACCGGCGCCGGCAGAACCCCACCGGCCCCAUCAGCAACCCGGACGAUCACAAGGCCCUGGUGGAGUACUUUGACCCGGCGGCCGCCAGCAUUGCCAUGGAGUCGCUGCAGAACCAGUGCCUCUACGUCAAUUCCGGCGUGAUUCAGGUCCAGCUGUCGCACUUGCCGGAGCUGACCGUGCGCCAGAUCACCGAGCGCACCUGGUGCUCCAUGCUGGCCAACUAUUCGGCGGCCGCGGCCGCGGCGGCCAGCGGCCACAUGCUGACUCCCGGGGCCGGGGCCGCCGGCCACGGCGGGGAUCACCACGCCGGGGCCAUGGGCGGCCACCAUGCGGCCGUGGCCGCGGCCAUGGGGCACCAUCAUGGCGGCAUGUCCGGGCACAUGAUGGCCGGCGGUGGCCAGGGCUCCGGCGCCGGCAUGUAUGGCGCCGGGCCCGGGGGCAUGAUGGGUGCCGGCGGCCCGGGUGCCGGUGCCUUUGGCCCGGUGUCGCCGGUGCUCGUGGUCAACCGGCUGAAUGAGGAGCGCGUCACUUGCGACCAUCUGUUCAACAUCUUCAGCAUUUAUGGCGAGGUGGAGACCGUGAAAAUCAUGUUCUCCCGCCGCCGCACGGCCCUGGUGAAGUUCGCCAGCCCGGAUCAGUCGACGCUUGCCCUGCAGAUGCUCAACGGUGUCAGCCUCUUCGGCUCGCCCAUGGGCAUCAUGUACUCCAAGCACAUGUCCAUCAACCGGCCGUCCGAGAACAAUCCCAACCAGGACCCGACCGAGGCCAUGCUGACCAAGGUCUACACCGGGCCCCAGUACCAGCGCUACCAGCCGAAUAAGGUGUCGGGCCGGAUGCACCCGUCGCAUGCCAUCAAGCCGGCCCCGUCGGCCAGCCUGCACAUCAGCAACCUGCCGAUCGAUGUGACCGAGCGCCAGCUCUCCGACCAGUUCUCCCGCUUCGGCAUGGUGGUCGAGAUGAACCUCUUCAAGCGCAAGCCGGAAACCCGCACCAACAUGGGGAUUGUCCGCCUGGAGUCCCUCGAUGCGGCGGUCUCGGCCCUGGCCUGCCUCCACCGGACCAGCCUGCCCACGGCGGCGGUCUCGGCCGAUGACGACCCGGAUGCCGGGCUGGGCGCCGGCUCGCCGGAGCAGCUCCUCAUGCGCAUCAGCUUCGCCAAGUCUUCGGGCGGCGGCGGCGGCGGCGGCGGCUCUUCCGGCUCGGGCCACCAUCAUCACCACCACCACCACCACCACUCUUAA